AUGACAUCCACAUUGCUUUUCUGCAUUGCUGAGGAGGCCAAGCCUUUUAUCCCUCGGGCUAUGCGUGAAAUCAGUCCAGAGGAGAACUGUCCCCCUAUAUACUAUCUUGUGGAAUCGAAGGUCUGCCUAGAUAGCCGCACGGAAUUCAAAUCUCAGCUGCAAGAUGGUGAGCCUUUCGGGUCAGAAUUCAUCGGUGCCUCUAAAGAGGAAUGCCAGAAUUGGGCAAGAUCGAAUUGGGACGACGUCAAUUUCAUUUCAAAGAAUAUCAUAGCUAUUGCAGAUGAACGAAGCGCUCGAGACGGGACUCUGCUCCUGAGCUACUACUGUUCAAUAGGCGAAGAUGCCCAGUUGGAACUUGAGGGUUGGGGACCCCUGCCACCGAAGAACGACACCUGGUAUGACUUCAGAAUUGAGUCUGUUGGAUCGGAUGACCUCCACACCGAUCUUUUUCUCGCCCCGAUUGAGACUGCCUAUCCGACCUAUUUCGGGCGUCCAGAGAAAUUUACGAACGAGGCAGGUGUGUUCGAUGUGUUCAAAGCGAACAAUCAUGUCGCUGGUAUGGAUAGUGAGCAGGAGGAUGAACUAUAA